GACGCGUCUUCGUGAGUUGUGACGAACCGGAUUACCGGAAAGGCGGAAACCUCCCUCUCUCGUCAACGGGCCUCGUCCGUCGCGCCCGAGGAAACCACACCCCAGCUGCGCGCUAUGGCGGCGACGUCGCCGAGGCGUCUGCCGGUGCCGGCCGCCGUGCUCCUCCUCCUCGCGUACGUGGCCGCGGGCGACGACCGCAACGGCGUGUACGACCCGUGCGCGGACACGACGGUGCGGCGCGGCGACGGGUUCACCCUCGGCGUGGCCUUCGCGGGCCGCGACGCCUUCUCCUCCGGCGGCGUGCAGCUCUCCCCCUGCGACAGCCGCCUCGGGCUCGCCAACAACCGCGCGCAGGUCGCGCUCUUCCGCCCCCAGGUCGACGAGAUUUCGCUCCUCACCGUCAACUCCUCCUCCUUCGACCCGUCAUCAAACUCCAGCAUGGUCGCUUUCGCCGGGAGGAAGUACGCGGCGAGGUCGCCCCCGGUUUUCGUCGGCAACAUGUCGUUCACGGUGACCAGCUUCACCCUGGUGCUGGAGUUCCAGAAGGGCAGGCUGCAGAACCUGUUCUGGAAGGGCGGCGACUGCUCGUCGUGCUCCGGGCGCCCCGACUUCGCGUGCGUGGACGGGGGCUGCGCGGUGAGGACGGCGAGCUGCAGGGGCAAGGGCGGGCAGGCGGACUGCAGCCCGGGCAUCCAGCUCGCCUUCUCCGGCACGGACAAGCACGAGGCCGUGCUCAACUCGUGGUACGAGGUGUCCAGGCUCCGCCAGUACUCCCUGUUCGGGCUCUUCUCCAACCUCAGGGACUCGCUCACCAGCCAGUUCAGCAGCUUCUUCUAGACCCCGAUCGAUGAGAUGAGCCGGAGACAUCGGUCUGUAUGUUCGUUUGCAUCUGCUCAGUGCGUAGGGAAUGUUGAGUGAACGAUGAAGAGCACAGUAUUUCUGUUCUUGACCCAAAAAAAAAAAGUUUGUACAUCACCAGUCGGUCCUAGUAUUUGUGUAUAGCUACUCCUAUAUACUAGUUGGUACAUGGUACUACGUAUUACGAGACAGAACAAGUUAUGCGCGCGACUCUUGAGUUUUUGUCUCUGUUGUUUCA